AUGUCGCCAUCAUUUCUUAUCAUUGGCGCAACGGGCAAUACUGGCCGUGGCCUUGUCGAACUUCUCUCAGAGAACAUUCAGUCUAGCCAGACCUUCUCGAACUACCGCAUUCUAGCCCAAACACGUUCUGCUGGCGGCUCGGUAGCAAAAGAACUCGCUAAGUUGCGCAAUGUCGAGAUCGUCGAAAACAACUGGCCUGAUAUUACCCCUCAAUGGCUUCGCGAGCAAGACGUAGUCCGGGCAUUUAUCGCUUCCCACAAUAACACCAACUUCUUCGCCGAAGAAACGACAUUCCACUGGGCAGCGCUGCGCGCUGGCGUCAAGUACGUGGUACGCAUCUCUACGACAGCAGCGAACGUCCGCCCGGACAAUGAAGCCUACUACACGCGCACGCAUUGGGCUAUCGAAACGAUGCUUGACACGCCAGCCUACCAGAGCAUGCACUGGACAUCCCUACGGGCGAACAUGUUCUUUAACAUGUUCCUUGGAGCUUCCGCAGAGUUUAUCAAGAACGUGCGAGCUGGCAACGAGCAAGGCACGCUCCAUCUAGUUGCAAGCGAGGAUGCACCCGUCGGUAUUAUAGACCCGUACGAUGUUAGUCGUUUCGCAGCGAAGCUUUUGCUUGAGGAAGACACGUCCCCGCACAACAAAGUCAGGUACGUCCUGAACGGUCCUGAGGACAUCAACGGCGAGGAUGUGGUGGCAAUGGUGGAAGAGCGUAUUGGAGCGAAAGUCAAGGAUGUUUCGUUCAAGGACAUGUCAGUCCUCGAUCCUAUGGUUACUGCUACAACAGAGUCUAAGAACGUUAUCUCAUCUCUCAAGACUGCAUGUCAGACGGCGUGGGCCGGAUUGUGUAAGGCUGAGACAACGAGCAAGGAGGUCCUAAGGCUUGCCCCAGCACAGAUCAGAGCUGGCGCUGCCUUGGAUGCGAUGCUGCAGUGA